AUGGAUUACUCCGUGUCUUCUAGCGAUGCCUCGAGCUCGCGAUCUUCCAGAUCAUCCGCUGCUACGAACGAUCCUGUUCUUCGAAACACGCUGCGUUACACCAUAUCAGCUCACGAAUAUGCUGCUCUUCAUAAAUACGUUAUCUCGCGCUCGCGCGUGCUUCGAAAAUCAACGCCUACACCGAAUCGCGUGGAGAAAGCCCUGAAGCCUCCGAAGGGAGGCGAUGAUUAUAAUGCUAGGACGAUUCGCCAUGCGCUGCGGGUGUUUGUGAUGACGUUUUUGGGUAUGAAGGGAUGGGACGCUGUCGCGAAGAGAAUGGGCAAGGAGGAAGCCAACACAAGUGGGAAAAAGAAGCCCUUCUACAAGUCUCCAGCCCUGAGAUUAUCUAUCUCUCUAUCUACCAUUCUUCUCCUUUACAGAAUCCUUUUCCGCUUCUUUACUCGACUGCGCGUGCAUCUGCUCGACCCCCAAGUCGAGCCAUUCCGCUCGCGCAACCCUCGAACUGCAGCGAUGCUGACAUCGCCUUCUGCGCCCGCCAUCGGUGCCUCAUUCGCCGGUCUUGCUCUAGGUAUUUACCCAGCCCAGAAGAUGCGAGUGACCAUCGCCAUUUACACCAUCUUCCGUGCUUUGGAGUUUGGCUGGAACUUCUGUGAGGCUGAUGGUCUUAUCUGGGGCAAGAAGAAUGGUCUCAAGAGGGAGAGACCUUGGUGGUUUGGAAGCUGGAUGCUGCAGCCUUUUGCUUUUGGACAGCUUCUUCACGCGGCUGUCUUUGACCGGGACUGUUUCCCUAAGAUUGGAGACUUGUUCUUCAACAGCUCAUCGGCUUAUCUGCACCCACGACCUCAGGAUUGGCCGCAAGGUCUUAAGUGGCCUCAGACUUCUGAGAUUGUUGAUAGCUUGGCUCAAAUGGCACGCCUCAACUGGCCUGCCUACGUCUCACCGACUUUGUUCCCUGGAAAGGAGGUUCUUCCUCCCAGCAUCAGUGUUAUUGGACCUUUGACAUCUCGAGCUCACCCACUCAUCACAUCGCUUUCAUGCGCAACUCUGCACCCUGGCGACCCAUCGUGCGCCCGAACUUAUCUGACUUUCUGGCUUCAAUCAUUCCCACCAUUUGCUCGAUUCUUCGUCGCGGUCUUCUCAGCUCUCACCGUCAUUCCCAAGUUCUCCAGCCUCUACCACAGCCCCUUGGCGACUCUGCAGCAGAUCGUCACCAAGGCUCUCCGCAUGUCCACUUUCGCAACCGGUGCCCUCUCCACAGCCUGGGCUUCGCUCUGCUUCUUCCAGCAAUGGCUACCCCGCCACGUUCUAGCAACCCAGCGCGUCUUCCUCGGCGGUUUCUUCGCUGGUCUCUGGGCCUUUAUCGAGCGAAAGAACGGUCGCGGAAUGUUCCUGUACAGCGCCCGCACUAGCGUCGACAGCCUCUGGAAGGUUGGUGUCAAGCGACGCUGGUGGAAGAGCAUGAAGGGUGGAGACGUCUGGGUCUUUAUGCUGGCUCUUAUGGUCACUGGUGUUGUCUACGAGAAGGAUGCGCAGGCAAUCCGCGAGACGAACUGGCGAAAGGGUGUUAGCUGGCUUCAGGGUCAGGGCUUCAAGGAUUGGGGUGCUGAAGAGGAUGAGGAGGAUGAGGAUAGGGAUAAGCAGGAGUAA